AUGGCUGAUUUACCUACGCUGGACCUUGAAAUCCUUAUGCCGGUGGAUUAUUCGCAACGGCAGAGCAAACCCUUGAAGUCCCUGAAAAAGAAGUUGGGCCCAGCCUGUCAACACUGCCGUGCCAGGAAGGUACGAUGUGAUCGCGUCCAGAAUCUAGGGACGUGCACCAACUGCUGUCUCGACGGUUUGACGUGUACAGUAGUCCAGGAAAAAUCAAGGCGCAACCGGUCGGCAAUGAAAGGGAUGAACCGUGACAACGUGUCGUUUUCCGAACGGACAGUUAGAAAACAACGCGAGAAUCGCAGCCUCCCUCAGGACCCCAUAUCCUACGGCCGCACCACUAACUUGCGUCUUGUUUCAUCUCUUCCUACCAGUCCCACAUUCGCAAAUCCAGAAGAGUCACACGAGACUCCUCGAGCCAGCGGGGCCACCGGCGGCCGACCUUCACCAACGUCGACCCCAAUUCGUCGGUCCUUGGACAUGGGCUGUAUGGGAAAUAGAACGGACUCAACAGCAUUCAUCAAACCUGUCUGUUACGACCUUUCAGAUGAAGACUGGCGUCACCUAGAAGCGAAAGGCGUUUUCACUCUCCCUCCGAAAAGCCUGGAGAGUCUAAUAAUAUGCCGAUACGCAGAGUUCGUCUACCACCUUGCUCCAGUGGUAGACCUACAUGAUCUAGUCCGCAUUAUUACGGAGGACUCGCCGGGUAGGCUUUCAUUAACUCUCUACCACGCAAUCAUGUGUGCAGGGUCGGCGGCUUUGGAGGGUGAAUACUUCUCCAACUAUGGAUACUCUUCCAAGGCUGCAGCUAGACGAGAGUACUACACGAAAUCCAAGCUGCUUCUUGAUUUGGACGUCGAGUCGGAUCGUAUGAUUGCUUGCCAGGCGUCCCUUCUCCUAAUGAGUUGGUCUAGCCGUGAGGACUCUAAAGAUCCGAUGUAUUGGGUCGGAAGUGCAAUCAAUCACGCCUUUGCCAUGAGGUUGCAAGAAGAACAUACAAAGAUGGCGGAAAGGAGGAGAUCAGCCGACCAGAGGUUGAAACGGAGAAUAUGGUGGACAAUUGUUGUUAGGGAGUGCGAUGUGGCCAUGAACCUUGCUCGGCCGCCCCGUCUUCGGCCUCGAGAUGAUCACUUACUGGACCAUGACGACUUCUCAAAUGAAGUCGACCUUUCAAACAUCAACUUCGGCGCCUUGAUUGGGAUCAAAAUGUUUCUCGCUGAUUCUUCACUGCAGAGACAUCUCGAACGAGCUUGCAUGGAAAGGGCCAAACUUGCAGUUCAAGUGUAUAGCAUCUUGCACAGAACUGCGGAAGAAGCCUUUCAGUCCCACUCAGACUUCGCGAAGAGAAACAACCGGAUCUCAGAGCUAGAAGACUCCCUGAGAAAUUGGAGCACUCACCUACCCGAAGAAUUACAGCUCGAAAAUAUCUGCUCCGUCUCCUUUGAUCUUUGCCAUCGAGCUUACUAUCUUGCGUCGUGCAUGGUUCAUCUCACGUACUGGAUGGCGGUCAUCGUGCUGCACAGCUCUGAGAUCUCGGAGCGCCAAUGGGCAACGUGCAGUCAUACCUCUGAAAACCAUCACCACGAAGAUAACGGAAACAGCGGCGACUGCCAUGUCCAUGCCCUGCGGCAAGCCUCCAACAAGAUUACAACAAUCUACAGUGGUCUGAACAGCCGGAGACUGACCCAGUUUGUACCCGUCACAGGCAUAGCAUCCGUGUGCUCUGCAGCAUUUGUCUACUUGCUCGACGCCAGUACUGGGCAUUUAUCUUCUGGGAAAUCUAGCCUGGAGAGCCUUGCGAUUUGCAUCGAGGCGGUGCGCCAAAUCGGACGGAUCAACUUCACAGCGAACGCGGUGUUCAAAAGAGUUGAAGCAGCCUACUCGGCAGCCCAGAAGGCCUCAUUUCCUUCCUGGUUGAAAACGAAGCAGCCUGGACCAGAAUUCGUGACAAGUACGAUCGAUAACAACGAUGCUGUCACCGGGGACGGCCCACCACUCUCUCUCAGCAACCAAUGCUCGGGCACCACGCAAGAGCAGCAUGGUGGCCAUGCUAGUCUGUUCGCUUCUACGCAGGACUUUUUCACUCUUUUCGAGUCAAAUGUGCUUUUUGAGGACAGUCUGUUGCACUUUGACUUUGAAGACCAGACAAUGCAGGAAGCAAUACCCGCGGCUGAAAGCGAGGAUGGAAAUCUGGAUACCAUGACCUGGUCGAUGGGACUUGCAAUGGGGCCUGAAGGGGACAAUGAGGAGAGUUAA